CCUGGCGAGGUAGUAAUGACUCUUCCCUCCCGCGGGAGAGCCGGCGAGCAUUAAUAAAUCUCUAAGCCCGAGGAGGAAACUCUGACUGGGGCAGUGCGCGCAGCUCCGGCGGGGUGGUGCGUGCAACAGCGGCGCCCGAGCCGGUGGCGGCAGGAGCAGCAGAGCUAGCCAAACACACUAGAGGCGACAAACCGAGGGGAGCCCUCUCUCGUAAACACACUCCCCUCCUCGGCCACUUUCCCCCGGGGGCCGCGCGCCUGCCUGCUCUGGAGCCGGAGAAGCCUCCGACUGCUAUGUAACGUCGAGGCUGCGGGAGAAGGAAGGGGUGCCGGGAGAAGAGGCUGGGGCCAAGUUUGCGGCCAGUUCGGUAGGCGCCCUCUUAGCCCUCGCCUGCUCCUUCCUGUAGCCUGGUUGGCCCGGGUACCCUUGGUCUCCCCCAGCUCCCCAGCUGCUGCGGUUCCCGGCGACAUGGUGACGAUGGAGGAACUGCGGGAGAUGGACUGCAGCGUGCUCAAGAGGCUGAUGAACCGAGACGAGAACGGCGGCGCCCUGGGGCUGCUGAGCAGCGGCAAGUGCCUGCUGCUGGACUGCAGACCGUUCCUGGCUCACAGCGCGGGCUACAUCCGAGGCUCGGUGAACGUGCGCUGCAACACCAUCGUGAGGCGGAGGGCCAAGGGCUCCGUGAGCCUGGAGCAGAUUCUGCCCGCCGAGGAAGAAGUGCGCGCCCGCCUGCGCUCCGGCCUCUACUCGGCCGUUAUCGUCUACGACGAGCGCAGCCCGCGCGCCGAGAGCCUCCGCGAGGACAGCACCGUGUCGCUGGUCGUGCAGGCGCUGCGCCGUAACGCCGAGCGCACCGACAUCUGUCUGCUGAAAGGUGGCUAUGAGAGGUUUUCUUCUGAGUACCCAGAAUUCUGCUCUAAAACCAAGAGCCUGGCAGCCAUCCCACCGCCUGUGCCCCCCAGUGCCACGGAGUCCUUGGACCUGGGCUGCAGCUCUUGUGGGACGCCACUGCACGACCAGGGUGGUCCUGUGGAGAUCCUUCCUUUCCUCUACCUCGGCAGUGCCUACCAUGCUGCCCGCAGGGACAUGCUUGACGCCCUGGGGAUCACAGCCUUGCUCAAUGUGUCCUCGGACUGCCCCAACCACUUUGAAGGACAUUACCAGUACAAGUGCAUCCCUGUCGAAGACAACCACAAGGCUGACAUCAGCUCCUGGUUCAUGGAAGCCAUCGAGUACAUCGAUGCAGUGAAGGACUGCCGAGGCCGAGUGCUGGUCCACUGCCAGGCGGGCAUCUCCAGGUCGGCCACCAUCUGCCUGGCCUACCUGAUGAUGAAGAAGCGCGUGCGGCUGGAGGAGGCCUUCGAGUUCGUCAAGCAGCGCCGGAGUAUCAUCUCGCCCAACUUCAGCUUCAUGGGGCAGCUGCUGCAGUUCGAGUCUCAGGUGCUCACCACGUCCUGCGCUGCCGAGGCUGCUAGCCCCUCGGGGCCCCUGCGGGAGAGGGGAAAGGCCACCCCCACCCCCACCUCGCAGUUCGUCUUCAGCUUCCCGGUGUCCGUGGGUGUGCACUCGGCCCCCAGUAGCCUGCCGUACUUGCACAGCCCCAUCACCACGUCCCCCAGCUGUUAGGGCUGGCCUCUGAACACCAAGUCCAGAUGUUCGGCCCCCAGCCAGGGAUGUACAAGUCACAUGCGGGCAGCAAGUUGGGGGUGGGGUGGGGCAGGUGACCAAGCUCCGCCCCCCCCAUCCAUUUCUCCUUGGCUAACCACGGGGCCAGCUAGAAUGGCAAUAACGACUUCGAAUACACCUUAAAAGCAAACAAACAAAACACUCCAACCUAGAGCAAUAACGGCAGCGUCUUUGGCCAGGGAAGACUGGUGUAUGUGUCGGUUUUACUUUGCAGGUAGAAAUUUACCUCAUUUUUUUUUUUAAAGCGGUAAGGCUUGAAGUUAUGAAACCCACAGAUCCUGGCAAAUGUGCUCAACCAGUUUUAUUAAGUGGACAGGGGAAGAGCAGAAAUCAAGUUUGCCGGGAAGUGCCUGGCUGUGUGCUUGUUCUUCUAUUGUAUUUACAGGAAUUUUGUUCUAGAUACGUCUAGGCCACAGUGUUCACUUCUAAUUAGUCGCCAAGUGAAUAGUUGUGCUUAAUGAAUAUUUGAGAACUUCUUCAAGAUGUCUGAGCAGGAGCCUGGUGACAUGGAUUUGGAAUGUAUUUCUGUCGGAAGUCACACAGUAGCACAGGGACACACAGGUGUGCCAGCAACGUGGAACUGAGUGGUCGUCUGGGCUUCUCCCAGUCGGCAUGGCCGCCCCAUUGUUGCCACCCAGAAGCCGGCGGGGCAGUGUGCAGGGAAAAGGUCUGUGGUUGGUCACUUUCACAGCUGGUUCCUGAACACAGUGACCCAGCCAUGCAAGCUUUUUCUCCAGUGACCCAUUUGGUGGUGGCUAGAGCCUAGGAUUCGGAUAUGGUCUGUAAUAAAUGCCAUUUUUUAAGAGGUGCUCCUGGAAAACUAUGGGUGCAAUUCAGAUUUUCCUGCAGUGAAUUACUUGGCAAGGCUAAAGAUGAACGAAAAAUGAAUUAUUUUGUACGCUGAAGUGUACCAUUCUCUCUCACUCUCUGUGAUAAUUGGAGUUGUCAGUUUUAGGAAUUUACUUGAAGUAUACCAAGAAAUUCUUGUUAUUAAAUCCCUGUUUGACAGUGAAUACUUUCAGAGGCCCUCUAUUGAAUAAAGUGAGUAUCUGCCAUGAUUUGGGGCUCCUUCAAGUAUGGAAAGGGGAGAGAACACCAGUGGGGUGAAGGCUGGCUCUUGUUCUUCAGUGAGUCCUGGCUGACUUGACCAUUUGGGGUUCUGCCUGGGCUAAGGCCAUUUUGAAGGAACCUUUCCAAGUGGAGGAAUGGUUUUGGAGGAUUAAGUGUUUUCUGUGAGGAAGGCUUGGGGUGGAGUGCGGAAGGGGGCAUGUUCCAUCUCUUGUCCUGGGGAACAGUAUUGUGGAGUGCCGUAUUAGAAGUCACUGCAGGCUUGUCGGGAAUGAGAACAUGUCCCCCCACCCUCCUUGAAAGUCUAGAUCUCCGUGAACAUUCUUAAUCACACAUAAAUAACUUGAAGUCACAAUGUCACAAUCAUGGUGGAAUGCUCUUUCCUCAUCCAACAUCCCAGAUAGUCCGGGUUUAUUACAUUUCCUUCCGCGAACUGUGAACCUGUGUUGGCAUGACUAGUAUUGGUGGCCUGUGUCAAACUCUGCCUUUGGGUGAGUCCAGAGUCUUCACUUCCUGUUUUUGGAAAAAGGAGGGGGUGCCCUACUUCCCUGAUUCCGCUGCUUGACUGAAGGCAUGAAGGGGCUGAGCUCCCGGAUGGUGGACCCUAGUUGGAUGGUCCUACACUUUAUCCUGCUUCCUGGCAGCUGCUUCACAUUUGCUGGAGACUUAGAUUAGAUGAGUUUUGUAGCUAGACAAGUCCUGGGUUCCAAGAAUGUAAGGGCUUCUGGAGGACAGAUAGUCUUUAGACAACGUUUGCUUUUUAGAUGAGUGUGUUUGCCAAACGUGUCCUAGUUCCCAGAUUGAAUCCCAACCACACGGGCAGUGGGAGUUCCAGAUGUCUGUCCCCUGCUUCUUAAUUCAAGCCUUCUAUGACAAUGUCAGGGGGCUAUUUAUAAAGUCAUUUUCUUUGUACUUGAUAACAGCAUGAGACCCAAAACUCUUAGAAAGAAAAUAGGACAUUGGUUUGAUUGAAAAAAAAAAAAGGAGGACCUUAAAAAACAGUUAUUCUCUCACUAGAAGCCUCUUUGAUGGCUUGGAAUAGCUCUAAUGAAGACCCUGUCCCAGGGUCAUUCCAAAUGAUUAGUUUCAAAAGGCAGCAUCCUGUCUAUGAACUGAUUGCUAGUGUUGGGACAUUUUUGGAUGGCAGAAGCCAUUGAAUGUUUGUCCGAGAAUGAGGAACACUCCCAAUUCUCCCCAGGAAUCUUGUCUCACCCAUGGGUGUUUUUGGGGGGCGGCGUCUGAAGGUUGAGGCACAGGUGAGCGGGUGGUAGCAGCUGUAGCUCCUUCAUUCUCCCCUGCUGCCUGUGCUUGGCUUACUGGAGUAAGGUUGGGGAAACCGUGAGAAGUCACUUAGAGCCCUUUGGCAGGGGGCAAGAGGGAGGGAAGAGUGGGGGUUAAUCCCAAGGGAAGGGACGGGGACAAGGACAUGAACAUGGGGGAAUGAUACAAUAGUUGAUAUUGGUUGCCCAUCACAGUCACCUGGGUAACCUUUACAAUCCUCAUAUACGCGUCCCUUGACCAAAUAAAGCAGGACGAGCGGGUGGGAUCCAGUGUUGCAGUGUGCUUUUGGUGUGCAGCCCGUUUUGGAGAUGCCAUUGCUGCUGGAUGGUGACAUAAAUUCCCACGGAAGCGAAACGAGCUACAGCAGGCCUUUGUUUUUCUGGGCCAGUGUGGUCCCACUACCCACAGCUGGCUGAGGGACGAGGUGGUUUCUUCGGGGGAGCCCCUGCGUGGGACCCAAUCUGUGGAUCAUUGUGAGUGGGCUCAUUAUAGUGUCUGGGUGUUGAUGUAUUUCCUUAAACUUCGUCUCCAUCAAGAAAGAUGGAGAAAGUCUUGUGUCUGUUUUGAAUCCCUCCAUCCAGUGCCCCGGCCCUUCCUUAGAGCUCAUGAAUCAUCCAAGAGACUUCAGAAAGAUAACAAUGCAAUACUUGUAACUUGUGUAAAUAGCCCCAUCUUUCUGAGUGGUGUCAUUUCUACAUUUGAUAUGCCUGUAUUUCUGUAGAAUGUACAUAGUUUAGGGGAUUUUUGUUUUUUAGAAGAGUCAAACAUGUCUGUUUUUAUUUAUUGCUUGAAAAAGAUCAUUUGAAGACAAAAUAAAUACAUUUUCAACCA